UGUGGCGGCAAGGGCCGGGGCUUGUUACUGCCGGCCGGGGCGGCCCCGGGGCAGCAGGAAGAGAGCUGGGGCGGCUCGGUGCCCUUGCCCUGUCCGCCCCCGGCCACCAAACAAGCUGGCAUUGGGGGGGAGCCAGCGGCAGCCGGAGCCGGUUGCAGUCCCCGACCCAAGUAUCAGGCGGUGCUGCCCAUUCAGACGGGCUCUCUCGUGGCGGCGGCCAAAGAGCCUACGCCCUGGGCUGGGGACAAGGGUGGGGCGGCUCCCCCAGCUGCCACCGCCUCAGACCCGGCGGGACCCCCACCACUACCUCUGCCCGGGCCGCCACCCCUUGCACCCACCGCCACCGCUGGGACCCUGGCGGCCAGCGAGGGCCGAUGGAAGAGUAUGAGGAAGAGCCCUCUCGGGGGUGGCGGCGGCUCGGGAGCCUCCAGUCAGGCCGCCUGCCUCAAACAGAUCCUUCUGCUGCAAUUGGACCUCAUCGAACAGCAGCAGCAGCAGCUGCAGGCCAAGGAGAAGGAGAUCGAGGAGCUGAAGUCUGAGAGAGACACGCUUCUUGCUCGGAUUGAACGUAUGGAAAGGCGGAUGCAGCUGGUAAAGAAGGAUAACGAGAAAGAAAGGCACAAGCUGUUUCAGGGCUAUGAAACUGAAGAGAGAGAGGAAACGGAGCUAUCUGAGAAAAUUAAACUGGAGUGCCAGCCGGAGCUUUCUGAGACAUCCCAGACUCUGCCUCCCAAGCCUUUCUCCUGUGGGCGGAGUGGAAAGGGACACAAAAGGAAAUCCCCAUUUGGAAGUACAGAAAGAAAGAUUCCUGUUAAAAAGCUGGCUCCUGAAUUUUCAAAAGUCAAAACAAAAACUCCUAAGCACUCUCCCGUUAAAGAGGAACCCUGUGGUUCCUUAUCUGAAACUGUUUGUAAACGUGAAUUGAGGAGCCAAGAAACUCCAGAAAAGCCCCGGUCUUCAGUGGACACCCCACCAAGACUCUCGACUCCCCAGAAGGGACCCAGCACCCAUCCCAAGGAGAAAGCCUUCUCAAGUGAGAUAGAAGAUUUGCCGUACCUUUCCACCACAGAAAUGUAUUUGUGUCGUUGGCACCAGCCUCCCCCAUCACCGUUACCAUUACGGGAAUCCUCUCCAAAGAAGGAGGAGACUGUAGCAAGGUGUCUGAUGCCAUCAAGUGUUGCAGGAGAAACUUCAGUCUUGGCUGUUCCUUCUUGGAGGGACCACUCAGUAGAGCCUCUAAGGGACCCAAAUCCUUCAGACAUUUUGGAGAACCUGGAUGACAGUGUGUUUUCAAAGCGGCAUGCAAAACUGGAGCUGGAUGAGAAGAGAAGGAAAAGAUGGGAUAUUCAGAGGAUCAGGGAACAAAGAAUUUUACAGCGACUGCAGCUCAGAAUGUAUAAAAAGAAAGGAAUUCAGGAAUCUGAGCCUGAGGUUACCUCAUUUUUCCCUGAGCCAGAUGAUGUUGAAAGUUUGAUGAUUACCCCCUUCUUGCCUGUUGUAGCAUUUGGACGACCAUUACCAAAACUAACUCCACAGAAUUUUGAGCUGCCCUGGUUGGAUGAGCGUAGCCGAUGCAGGUUAGAGAUCCAGAAGAAGCAAACACCUCAUCGGACAUGUAGGAAAUAGCUGUGCUGGCAAGAACCUUCUGUCUUCAGAUAGUUGUAGCAUGCCAUUCCCAGAGAGUGGCAGAGACCUGUAUAUGUGACCUCUGUCCUCAUGUAUGUUACCAUUCGCUGAUAAUGCCCUUCCAUACUCCCCUGAUCUUCGUUUUGUUUUCAUCACUGUGAUUUCACAAAAACUCUUUCAUUGGGCUAAUUGUGAAUUAUGGAGGGUGACCGGGAUUUCUUUUCCCUUUUUGGGGAAAUGAGCUCUCAAGGUAAAUCUAUAGGAUGGCAGAUUCGGACGCUUCAGGGGUCUGCUUCUCUACAUUUGCCUAUGUUAAAGGGGUAAAAGGGCUCUCUUCAUUAGACUUGUGUAAGAUGAAGCAACCCCUGCCUUUAGAGCUGUGCCUGCAUGGCACUCUUCUGGCCCUGGUAUACCCUUCCUUAUAGUUUCAGUAUAGUGGUUUUUACCCUAAAACAGAACAAAAUAAGCCUCACCAUGAGCUUAAGGACCAUAUGAGGAAUAACAAGUGAUGUGAUGAAGCAAGUCAUCUUCACAGGGUAGAAAAGAGAUUGAAGAGUUGGUAGAUAAUUAUCUGAAAACAGUUGCUCUGUUAAAACUAUUCUGUGAUAUAGCCAUGUGGGAAGGCAUGUUUGGCUAUGAUUAUUUUCUUAGUUAAUGGGUAACUGAAUUUCCUCCUCCACCCCUCAAAAAAUUAAAUCCCUGGAAAAGAGCAUGAGGAUGGUUAGUUUGGGACCAGUUAUGGCUCUAAACAAAAGCAGCUGGCAUUUGGGGGUGGCUUGCCAGAACCUGUGUAGAUGUCCUUGUGUCACAUCACUUCUCGAGUAUUCCUUAGUUGGGUUUUAUCCUUUUAGCUGAGCUCAUGGUGGUGGGAUAGAGGUUUUGGGAGGGUGGGGGUAUAUGUGGAAAUAUGUGUUUCCUUUGGCUGGCAAAUGUCUACAUCUUGAAACAAACAGAUGUACCUAAUGAGCUUCUCCAUUCACUUUGUAAAAAUAGAUUUGCAUGUGUACCAUCUUGGUCCCCCCCACUUAAAAAAAGUUUUCAGGACAGCACUCCAGGCCACUUUGGUCUCAGUGUAAAAUCCCUGUAACUAUCUGGAAGGAAAAUAGAGCCAAGACCUUUGGUCUUAAAUAUAUAGGAAUUGCCUUUCUUUAGUCUUCAGGACUAUUGUGUGAAAACAAGUAGGGGUCUAAUCUCCUAGAAGGUAGGGGCUUUUAUCCUUGAAGAGAAUAUGUCCCCAGAUUAUUAGCACUUUUAGAGGAGAAGCCAAGGUAUGUAGGGUGUGUGGCCGGCCCAUCAGUGGAGCAUGAGAGAAUGGGAUACCAUUGUGGGAAGAAAAGAAAAGUUCCUCAGGGGCCUCCCACUGCUAAAGCUUUUUGUGAGAUGUUGAUCUGUGCUCCCUGAGUUUGACUUUUAAAGGAGUUACUCCGGCAGCACAUGUAGUAUUCUUGGAUGAUCUUGCUGCUCUUAUUUCUCCUUAUCUGUGUAUGUGUGGCCAUGGUUUUUCAUUUGUAACUCCAUCUGCUUAGGAGAGAGUGGGCUCUCCACAAGGGAACCUGCUGUGAACUUCACUGCAGCAAGAACGUAGAGAGAAAUAGGACUUAUUCCACUAGGGGCUCUCAUCUCACACCUUAAGGAGAGGAAGGAGAUUUCUAGAAAAACUGGGCCAGGUUUUCUUUGUUCUCCAUCAUUUUAAUAUGGCAAGCUGUUUGGCUUUCCUACUCCGACCUAUGUUAUGUUCCUUUAUAAUGUGCCCAAAAAGAAAAAAGACCAAUCAGUGUCUGUUUAUUUUAUUCCUUGAUUCCUCUCAGUUUCUGCUUGAUUUUCAGCAUUUGUCGGAUUCCUAAUUUGGAUAUGGGUUAGCAAAUUUAACCUUUAUGUUUGUGCCUACCCAGGGGACUCCCCAGAUUCUGAACAUGAGUUAGACUAAGAGGAAUCCAUGAGGUGCUAUCUGGCCAGAUUUAAGUGGAUUCUGUUUCUUUGGUUUUCCCUCUACCUAGAACCUCUAUUUUAUUGUCCCCUCUUCUAGAUCAAUUCUCCUUUGAUUUGGAUAUACUGAAGCUUUGGAGGAGGUUGGAGAGUAGAUUAGCAAAGUUCCAAGAGCGAAAUCACAGUGUGUUAAGAGUGUGGGGGAAAAAUUAGUCUUAUUUUUUCCCUACAUGGGAUACAACACUGUGAAAUUCAAUCUUCAGCUGAAGGCCCUGCAAUUCUCCUAAAACAUAGUUCUUUUGUUUCUCUUUUUUUUUUUUUAACAAAGUUUAAGCUAGUGUUAAUAAAUUAAAAAGAAAUUGCUUGUCUGUCUACUUCAGCUUUGUUUAUGCCCAUUUCAUAUUGUUGUCUGUGUUGUAAUUCAUACUUUUGAUACCAUUUCUGAUGUGUAAAAUUGGUUGUCUUGUAAAUAUCUUAUAAAGAGUUCAAUUGUAAAUAAACUAUUGUGGCUGUUAA